GGCGACAAGUGGGGACAGUCAUCAAUGGCUUCCUGUCUGUGCUGUUUGGGUUGGCGAGCGCUUGGUAGCUAGUCCGGGGCACCUACAUCUCCCCCGACUCUCUGGGGCCCCUCCGGGUAGUCCUUUGUCUCGUGGCGCCUCACGGCAUUGGCUGGCAUGGCUUUGGCGACGGCGUUUGGCUUUUGGCGCGGCACGGCGCCGUUCGGGUUUCUUCCCCGUUGGUUUGGCAAAUUCUUUUGAUUUUUGGCUUGGUCCUAGUCGGCUGACUGCCCGGUCGUUCUUCGGGGGUUUUCUAGAUACAACCGCCUCUGGGGCAGCAGGGGGGCCCCGGCCGACCUCUGGUGGUUAGGGUCAGGAGUCGGAGUCGGCUGCUAGGACGGACCGCGGUGCCUUGGUAAACUACUUUUCCGGUUUUGCUUUCGCUUGUAACUUUCUUCUGUUACCUGGGGAAGUUCGUAUUUCAGGUGCAGGCCGCUGUCUGCUUGGACCAUUCAGGUUUUCCCCGCGCGGCGAGCGGGGGGCGGGGCACGGUCUCCGGGACCCAGUCACG